AUGUCGGAAUCGGAGACAGUGGCGUCGAAUGCCGGCACCGAGGAUGUUGGCGGUAGCCAUGAAGGUCACAAUCGUCAGAUGCGAGUCACCUUCAACCUCUGGAGCACUUUAGGCCUGGUGUACAGUAUUACUGCCACUCCAAUUGGUAUUGGAAGCUACUUGACCUUCAGCUUGGUCUUGGGUGGAGCGCCAUUUUAUAUCUACGGGUAUAUCUUCGCGGUCAGCCUCAAUAUCAUCUUGUGCGUCGCAUUGGCUGAAAUUGCGUCCAUCUACCCGCAUCCAUCUGGUAAGUUGCUACAUGCACUGGGCUCUCAGAGACUCCUGAUCGGCGAUGAAAGGACUGACACAGGAUAUGUAGGGCACAUCUACUGGGUCGGCAAGCUGGCACCUGAGAAAUGGGUUUCGUUUCUUAGUUAUUGGACAGGCAUAUUGACCUCGGCCGCGUGGUUUUUCUGGAACGCGGGAACCUACCUUCUCACCGCGCAGAUCCUGCUCGCAAUGGUCAUGCAACUUUACCCUGAUAGCUACUCGACAUAUCCAGCAUGGCAUGCACUUCUGGUCGCUUAUGCGCAAGCGCUAAUUGCAGUCCUCUGGAACGUUCCUUUCUUUAAGUCCUGGCCAUACAUCCUAAAAUUCAUGGUGGUCUUGACCAAUGUGGGAGUCGUCUUUUUAGCCAUCUCACUCUUGGUUCGCACUUCUCCCAAGCAAUCGGCUCACACCGUCUUCGUUGACGUCGUCAAUACCUCGGGCUGGCCGUCCGCGGGAGUGGUUUUUUUCUUGGGCCUCUUACCUGGCACAACCGCGAUUAACGGGUUUGAUUCGGCGUCACACAUGGUGGAGGAAAUGCCUGAUCCUGCACGUCAGGUGCCUCAAGUCAUGGUCGGCAACGCGUUACUCUCUGGUGGGCUAGGAUUGCCAAUGGUGAUCAUCUUCUGCUUUUGCAUCUCCAACCCCGAAAACUUGCUUGCUCCAUUAGGUGGUGUGACCAUCAUCCAGUUGUUCAAAGACAGUUACAAUAGCGAUGCGCUCUUUGUUCUCGCCGGCCUCCUCUACGUCGUCGUCACCAUUAUCGCUGCCACCGCCGUCACUACAACCACAAGCCGGGUGUGGUGGUCUUUUGCCCAGCACCACGGUUUACCGUUCCACUCCUGGCUCUCCAAGAUCCAGACGACUUCGCUCUACGCAGUCCCUGUCAAUGCCAUUAUUGCCAGUACUGUGCUCUCUUGUCUGGUUCUCUUGAUCCAGUUGGGACCCAGCUACGUCCUCGCCGCCCUGUUCAGCACUGCAAAUAUCUGCUUCUACCUGAGCUACGCCAUCGUACUGGUGUGCUUCCUCCACCGCAAAUGGACGCAAGGCCUGCCGCCCCAUUACUUCGACCUAAAGGGGCUCCUGGGUUCUGUGCUCGGCGUAGUAAGCAUCAUUUGGUCGGUCUUUGCGACAGUCUGGCUUACUUUCCCAUACUAUCUUCCUGUCACAGCUCAGUGGAUGAACUGGUCCGUCGCCCUUCUAGCAAUUACGAUUGUUUUGUUUUCAGUGGAUUGGACACUCCGGGCAAGAAAGACAUAUAUUAUUCCUUCGCCGUUGGUUAUCUAA